ACGUUUUGAAAAGUUACUGUUUUUAGAUUUUUAAUCUUUAAAAAAUAGUUGAAUUUGCAAUAUGUGCUUAAUUUGUCUUUACUUUUUUUUCAGAUGGAAAACCUAUUUGAGAAUGAACCUAUGCCUUUGAACGAUAAAGUGUUGAGCCAUGAUGUUCCAAGAGAAUCAGCUAGCUCUUGUACCAAAAGAAAAGCAGAAGAAACAUCCCAUUUCGAGAAAAAACGCAAAGGACUCUUUACCGAAGAGGCUAUUCCAGAGGAGCUCACUCACAUGGGAAACAAUGUCUUUGUGGAACCCAGCAUUUACAAGGGAAAAGUGACUGUUCACAUCCGAGAGUAUGCCAAAUAUGGUAAAGCUUACUAUCCGACAAGACGUGGAGUGAACUUUGAGCCAUGGUGUUUGAAUGUUCUCGCAACCAACAUGAUAGUGGAGGAACCAGACCUGCUGACACUGAAUCUGGAGUUGCCCAAGAACUUUGUAGUCACGUAUAAGGAUUCCCUCUCACUUCACUCUGAAACAACUUUCUGCUCAAGGAAAUGA